AUCAGUUGGCUAAAUUGUAAUAAAAUUUCCAAGUCGCACCCCUUGACUUCAAAUGUAUUUUCGCAGCAGUAUUGGGUGUAAAUGUGAAUUAUGCUAAACAUCUCGGCCGGCACUCUGUUGUAAAAAUUUAAUUUUAUAAGUAAGUGAAAUAGCCUUUCAAAUCAUUAUUGCUAAAAAAUCCAACUUGCCGUCAGGCGGCUCAGGUUCACCAUUGGUAAUAUGAUGAGCCAAGUUGCGGGUGCUGCCAGUGCAGGCGGCACCCCAAUGGAUGUUGCGGCUACAUUAACAAGGGCUGCAGCAGAUGCCGAGAUUGAGACGUCAAUGUUACCAUCAUCUGAAUCUCGGACACCUGGGACAAGCGGUAGCAAUCGGAAAUCGGGCGGUGGCACCGCAGCGUCCAAAAGCUCAGACAAUCGCGAGUUUCAAUUCUUUUUCGAAGAUGAGGUAUUUCGCAUCGAUCGCAAAGGCCGCGUGCGAUUUGGCGUUGUCACUGGGACAGCCGAGUCGUAUUCUUCGGACGAUGACGAUGAGGAAAUGAAUGAUGUGCUCGGAAAGGGCGAGGUACGUGUCGCCUUUUAUCCAGAUGGCAAGGAAAUUGUGAGAACUGAGAAAUCGAUUGGUCUCGCCGACCGCACACUAAUGCCAGGUGAUGUGGUACGUCGCCGCCUCCCUGGGCAGAAGCAUAUGUCUGGCCAGGCCGGCUAUGUGCGCGAUGUUAAUGUUCGCGCAGAUGUUAAGGUAUUAGGCACCAAAUAUGUCAUCAGGAAUGUUCCCUCGGAGCGCCUGAAGCCCAUCUCAGAGUGGUCGCGUGACGUGCCCGUAUGUUUAGGAAAUUGGAUUGGCUAUACUGUCACCGUAGAUGAGUCUGCUGUAUUAAAAUCGAGUUGUGGCACACUUAUUGAAAUUACAUCGAACGAUUUUCACAAGUUCAAGGAUGCCUAUGGACCGAGUGAGCGCGAAGUGUUCAGUCCGAGUGUUUAUUAUCCAAAUAAUGUGGUAGUUGGUCGUUUGCCACCUUUGGACCGCAUUGUUAAUUUAACACCGGAGCUUCCCUUGCCAACUAAUCGCAAACGACGCUCUAUGUACACUGUGGAAUCUGUGAAAACUACUGCUAUAACUGUGGCUUGGACAUUCAAAGCCACACCUCAGUUUGAUAGUGGUACUGAAUCGGAUCCUCUCAAGCAGCCAAAGAGCUGUAUAAAAGGCGACGACUUGGCAAAUGUUAAGCGAUUGAACAUCUAUGAAUCUUAUAUGCUGCAAAUUCACGAUCGUUUCUACCUCAAAUAUUCGAAAUGUGAUAAACUUAUAAAAUAUUCCGUCUGGGAACAGGAGCAAGCCAAGUUAUACCAGACCAUAUACCAACGCCAAAAGAGUGAAGAAAAUAAGCAAUCUGAACAGAAAGAGCAGUCAAAGCAAAACUCAUCUACCGGCAUAGACAAUGCGCCUUCGCCAUCAGCUGCAUCCAGCUCUCGCAGUGGUCAUAUUUUGAAGGUGCGACGGCCCAAUAAUAAACCAAGCAAUCAACGACUAAAUCGCUCGGCUGACAACGAUACGAGUAAUGUUUCUCUUAAGCUGUCUACCUCAACGAACUCAAGUGGAAAGAAGACGCGUGCAAACAACGAUGAAAUUUUGGAGGCCGGUGAAGAAGAGGCUGAUGAGGAGUCUGCACUGGAAACUAUGGAUGCCACAGAUACAAUUGAGGCUGAAGCUGAAACUCCAGAAGCAGAAGGUGGAACAGCGAAUCCAUUGAAUUCCUUUGCUUCUCAGGCAGCCCGAAUUGUUACUCGAAAUUUUAAGCGUAGGGCAAGCAAGAAAAAGCCGCGACCCAGUAAAAAAUCUGCAAUACCAAGAAAGGAAAGCGAUCCAAAAGAUGGCGAUGACAUGGUAGUCGAAACUUUGGUUGUGUAUAGUUCGCUAACGGUAGUGUGGCAGGACGGAUCUGUGGAAUCAGGCAUUCCUUCAACCGAACUGUAUCCUAUACAUCAUUUAGAUAAUCACGAGUUCUUCCCUGGAGAUUUCGUCAGUAAAGCUAAUGACUACAGCACAUCGCAGAUGGACUAUGGAGUCAUACAGUCCGUGGAUCACGAUGAACGCAUUGCCAAAGUUAAGUGGUUCAAUAUCUAUGGCAAUAUGGAUAAUCCAGUUCCAUCAUGCAAAGAUGUGGAGGAGCUUAGUGUGUACGAUUUGAAAGACCAUGCGGACUACCAGUACCGACCUGGCACCAUGGUCAUAAGAGUAUCGAAUUUCACAGGAGAGGAUCUGAAUUCAACAGCUGGGCAAGUUAUUGAUAACUUUCCUGAUGGUCGUGUACGGGUUUGGUGGGCCAAGGGACAUAUUACUAUGUGCUAUCCACAGGAUCUCUUUGAAAUCCAUCAAAGCGAUACUCAGGAAGCCUACGAGUCUGAUGACUCAGAGAAUAGCUGGGAGACGCAGUCUGAGAAUAGUCAAACAAUGAAUCUGAGCGCUAGCAUCGCAUCAUUGGAUAUGGAAGAUCACAUUAUAUCGGGAAUCGAUCGUGCCAAGGAAGCAAUUCAGCGACUUGAAAAAAUCUUUCACGUUCUACCAGAUCAGCGCAAGGCCGAUGUUCUCAAAGAUCUGUUAGCUGUAUACAAUAACUGUCGGUUCCUUGAUCGUUUUCUUAAAACAGAUUUCUUUCACGAAGAUUACUUUAAUGGAAUUUUAUGCGUAAAGAAAUGUGAUCAAACCCCGAAGCAACCUGAAUCAGCAGUUACAUCGAAAAAAUCUAAAACGAUUACAAGUGAUACACCUCAACCUGCUUUGGACUUAGCCAAUCUCACUGUGGAAAUGACUAUACCCGACAUAGCUUCGCCAGUUGUGCGUCAAGCAGUUAAACUGGAGAUCCCUCCGAUCCCCCAAGCUGCAUCGACAUCGACUCCAAAUAAAAGAAAGUCAUCCACUAAUAUAGAAGAGGUGCAGUGUAAAAAGACUACCAGCAGCGAAAAAAUCAAUGUUGAGGACUCUGCAGAACAGUCCGUGUUACUGGACAAUAUAUCAUUGUCAGGCAGUGAGACGCAGCUUACAUACAAUGAGCUAAUUACUAAGUAUCGCAGCGAAUAUGCAGAUAUGAUUAGGACGGCCAGAGUCAGUAUUGCAAAGGCCUUCGAGAAGCAUAAGAAUAGUAAAAAUGAUUCUGGAGUACACUCGCGCGGGGAAAAUAGCUCUAGUGAAGUCAUUGUCGGUAGCGAACCAAAGGACAAUAGCCAAGGUGAAAAGAAUCAGUCGAUGUUGAGAUCAUCUUCCAACACCAGCAUUGAGUUGGUGGCUAACCAUGAUGCAGACGUCUGUGAAGUCUUCUGUUUUCUUAUCAAAGAGCAAAUGGCAAAGUGCCGUGAGGCAAUUGUGGAGACAUUCGGCAGAAAUAAAACCGAAGAUAAAGAUGCAGAUGACCAUAUAUGCGAUGUGGAUGUGGAUGUGGAUGUGGAUGUAGAUGAUGAUACCGAAAUGUCAGACCAAGAAAUGCCACAAGUAUUUGAUAAAGAUCAGGAUCAGGUUAUGGAACAACCAUUAAACCUGAAUGGACUCUCUGAGUCAUUGCCGCCACUCGAAAGCCCAAAUGCUUGUUCAUCACCCUCUCCUAUUAUACCUAGCAAUAAUUGUUUCGAAGUAGUUCCAAACGCACCACUUAGCCAUUAUUUUAUUGGAAAUAUUAUACACCCGAACAACAAGGCGCAUUAUCAGCGUGCCAUUCAGCGAGAGUAUGCUAUGCUGCAGGCAUCGCUACCGCCAGGUGUUGUUGUGCGUGCCUAUGAGGAUCGCAUGGAUCUCAUGUCUGUCAUGAUGGUGGGUCCCAAACGCACGCCUUAUCAAAACGCCCUCUUUUUCUUUGACUUCCAAAUGGGGUGUGACUAUCCUAAGACUCCUCCCACCUGUCAUUAUAUAAGCUUUUGCACGGAACGUCUUAAUCCUAAUCUAUACGAGGAGGGCAAAGUGUGCGUCUCACUGCUGGGAACUUGGUCUGGACGUGAUACUGAGGUUUGGUCACCACAAAGCACAAUGCUGCAGGUUUUAGUCUCUAUACAGGGACUCAUACUUGUAGAUGAGCCCUACUAUAAUGAGGCUGGCUAUGAGAAGCAGCGUGGUACUCAGUUGGGCAACGAAAACUCACGUGUCUACAAUGAAAUGGCAAUAAUAAAGAUUGUCCAUUCCACUGUAAAACAACUGCAAAAUCCUCCAUUCAUAUUUCGCAAGGAAUUGAUUGAGCACUUUAAGGAAUUUGGUAAUGAGUUAUAUAGCCGCAUGAAGAACUGGUCUGACUAUUCGGCCGAGGCCCAGCGAUUAAAGAUAACUAGCAUUAAUGAUAUGCCGAAAGACUAUAAAAUACCAUGUGAAAUGCCCGAAUUUCCACUGUUGCCCUGCAGUCGCGGCUUUUGCAUUGCUGUCAAGGGAAUCUUGGAAACCUUACAAAACGAGUUAACUGCACUCGAAAAAAGGGAAGAACGCGAGACAACUGUUCCUACUAUGGCCACAGCACCGCGUGCUGCACCCGAAGAUGUGUGAUUUAAGCGAAUAUACACAAUGCUCUAUGUUUGUCAGCCUUGCCUUCGUUGUGGUGCCUAUUAUAUGAAUAACAAGACUAUCACCACCUUGCUCUUGAAAUUGAGCCCUUAGCAGGGCCAAUUUCUUUUAUAUUUAAGUAAUUACAGCUCGAAUACUAUCAAUCUUAUUAACUUGGCUUGUUGACCGGCUAACAAACUUUAUAACCAAAAAAAGAAGAUAUUAUUCCUAAAUUUGUCGCUUAUCAUUUGUAAAAACUUUUUAUUUAUUUAGUUAGUAGUCUCUCUUUCUUUUUAUGUUCACCCCAAGUUCAUGCGUAUA